GUUAGGGGUGGUGAGAGGUUCAAGUGACACUGAAAUGGAAUGGGGAACAGGGCUUGCCAUUUAAUGCUUUUGCCCUUGCUGCUCUGAAGAGGACAUGGGUUCAGUCUCAGCACCCACAUGGUGCCUGACAGCCAUCAAUAACUGGUUCCGGAUUCCGAUGCCUUUUCUGACCCCAGUGGCCACUUUUUAUAGCAUGCAUCCUUUCAGUCAGUUUCACUGUCUCAGCUCAUCCAUGAAGGUCUGUGGUUCAUUGUACAGUAGGAGAGAAUCAGACCCAGCUGCACAUUUUCUGUCUGCAUAGAUGCUUUCCCAUUGCUAUUGUGUGACGAAGUUGCUUGUUUUCAGACAGCUCGUUUCUGUCGCACUGACACUGUAUCUGUUGCUCUGCCUUGAGCUGUUUCUCCUUUUCUGCCACUCCCAUGUCUGUUGGUCCUGUUGCUCUAAAGUGUCACCUGGAAUCGCGGCUGGGAUAAUUCCGGCUCUGCUCUGUGUACCUGGGCUUGUCCUCAGGUUCUUUGUGCUGCCGUGUACAUUUAGUUUUCUAUUUUUCUGAGUGUUAUUUGGUGUAUUAUGUAUUUUAUAGCUAACUUCCCGAUUCUUCUGCUUUGAUGGUCUUUGUCCCCUCUUUGUCAUGAUCCUUGGGACUUGAACCAGAUCAUAUGGAUUUUCUCUUCAUGGCUGUUUAGUCAGCAGCCACUCUUUCUCCAUAUGUGGUCAGUUAAGUGUCCCUGGCAUAACUGUUGCCAUUGCAUAAAAAGGUUCUCUGACGUAGGUUGAAAGCAGCACCAGGCUGUGUUGUGAACAGAAUUUAGUAAAGGUAAUUUGAGUAUUUGUACGUGCAACAAAAUGUCAUGAGUGUAUCUCCCCCCGUGGCUUAUCACCCUCCCAGUCAUGGGCUCUUGACGGCACUGUUGCACUGCUUUAGGAACCCAAAGGAGGUAACCAUCAAGCUGUGAACCAGGAGGCAGCUGCACCAUGCAGUCUUGACACACACGGGAUCAGCUGGUGUGUGUCUAAACUCUGAAUGCCAAAUUCAGUUCCUUCUGUCGCCCUGUGUGUUUCCAAACCAGCAAUCCAGAGUGACACGGGUUUUGACUGGCCAUCUUAAGUUAGUUUAACAGCAUUUGCUGAAGCGCCUCAGAUGCAGAAAUUUUUCUAAGGCGCUAAAUAUGCCAGAAGUCACAUAAGGUGCCAAAGUUCAAGGAGAGGAUAUUGGUUACAGACAGUAGGACACCGCAGGGCGCUGAGCAGGCAGUUGCCGAUCUGUUCUGGUAGCUUUAAUCUGCCCGUGCUACAUAGGAGAUUAACAUACAGGUGGGUAGCAUGAUACAGGUAGUCCACAUCUGGGUAAGGUUAUUAUUUUUGUAAAGAUCAAUUUUUUUUAUUUUACAUAUAUGAGUGCUCUAUCUGCAUGUACGCCUGCAUGCCAGAAAAGGGUAUCGGAUCCCAGUAUUGAUGGUUGUGAGCUGGGAAUUGAACUCAGGACCUCUGGAACAACAGACAGUGCUUUUAACCUCUGAGCCAUCUCUCCAGCCCAGUGGGUAGAAUUUCAACCACAGUUCCGGUCUUUGCUUCUGAGACAGAAACUCAGAGAAAAGGAACUGAGAAAUGGCUCCUUCUCCGGUAAAUGUGCCCCAGGGUCCGUUGACAUUCAGGGAUGUGACUGUGGACCUCUCCCAGGAGGAAUGGGAAUGUCUGGACUCCGCUCAGAGAGCUCUGUACAUGGAUGUGAUGUUGGAGAAUUACAGCAAUCUACUCUUUGUAGAAAACCAUCGAAUAUAUGGAAAAUAUGAAAAAUCCCUCUUUCAAGGCCCAAAGCAUAUUGUCUGUCCGCAUGUGAAUAUCCAAGAGAAGUCUUAUAAAUGUAAUGAGCCUGGCAAACUGAUUCAUGAAUCCUCCCAGUGUAUACCUCAUGACACAAGUGAUACUGCAGGAGGCUACAAUCAGUACAGAAGUGGUAAGCAUAACGAUGCUUCUAUUGACUCCGCAACGAUAAGCAAACGUAAAAGUAGAGACUCUAGAGAAGAACCUUACAAGUUUAAAGACUGUGUAAACUGUUCAAAUUGGUUUCCCAUCAUCAGUCAAAAUCAAAGAAUCUACUCAACCCUCAGUAUUCACCAGAGAAAUUCUCAAGAGAAACUCCACAAAUGUAAAGCCUGUGGCAAGUGCUUUCAUCAGCUACCUCAGGUUAAAUACCAUUUCAAAACCCAUACUGGAGAGAGACCUUAUAAAUGCAGUGAAUGUCACAAAUGCUUUAGCCAGCUCACACACCUGAGAAGCCACCAGACAAUUCAUACAGGGGAGAAACAUUACAAAUGUAAUGAAUGUGGCAAAAGCUUUAGCCGGCUGACAUACCUAAGAACCCAUCAGAGAAUUCAUACAGGAGAAAAGCCUUAUCAAUGUAGUGAAUGUGACAAGUGCUUCAUCCAGAAGGCCCAACUUACAAUACAUCAGAGAAUUCAUACGGGAGAAAAACCUUACAAAUGCAGUGAAUGUGGGAAAUUCUUUACAUGUUGCUCAGGCCUUAGAAAACAUCAGAGAAUUCAUACAGGAGAGAAACCUUACAAAUGUAGUGAAUGUAAGAAAUCCUUUACCAGUGGCUCAGAUCUUCGAAGACAUCAGAAAAUUCAUACUGGAGAGAAACCUUACAGAUGCAGUGAAUGUGACAAAUGCUUUAUUCAGAAAGUCCAACUUAGAAUACAUCAGAGAAUUCAUACAGGGGAGGAGCCUUACAAGUGCAGUGAAUGUGUUAAAGUCUUUACCCACCUCUCAGGUCUAAGAAAGCAUCAGAAAAUUCAUAGUAGGGAAGUUUUAAUUAGUAAAUAAUGUGGCAAGUGCUUAUACAAGGUCUGUUCUUAGGAACCAUUGCAGGAUUCACAGUAGAGAAUCAUUAUGAACAUGAGAAACUUCUGAAUUCCUGUAAGUAAUGUUCAAAUCUUAGAAAACAUCAAGGAAAAAUUAUUAAAAUGUUACAGUGUGGGAAAUUUUUCAUUAAAACAUUCUAUUUUUUUCAACCUGAAAUAGUUCAUAAUAAAGACAAUAUGGAAAGGCCUGAAGAAUGUGCUGUUCUGUAGCAGUUUCCUGGAGACAAGCUGAUUAAGACAGGAAAUAAAAACCCCCAAAAUGAUUUCAGGAAGUCUCUGGAACUGACAAUAUUCACUCUGCUUGACUUCCAUGAAGAAACUCAGAUAAUUCAUACUAUUUUGAAGAGGGUUUGGCAAACUGAACCACCAGGGCAGGGUGCCCUUUAACCAGUAGACAUGCCUGCAUGUGUGUAGUGUGCUUCAUGUGUCCAGUGUUCAUAAGUGGUAUUCCAUGCUGGGGUGGAGUUUCUUGAUGACAACUGUCUUUGAGUCCAUUUUGCUCCUGUAAGCACCUUUCCCCAUAUUUCUGUAAGUACUAUGAAUAAAGCCCAUUGGUUCAAUGAGGUGGACCUAAUGGCAUGCAUACCUUGUUGCCAUUCCCAUUUUUGGUGAGUAGAUGCAUAUGAAUGAUCUCUCCCCAGAAAAUUAAUUUUAAAUAGAAAGCAUUUGGUUAACCAAAGCAGGGAAGACUGUGUUCACUUUCCCUGUCUUACUGUCAUAGUAAUACUUGGUUUUGUUAAAAGGGCUCAAAUGUGGAGAUUUAAGGACUCAAAGAAAAGAGGCUGCUCCAUCUUCCUUGCAUUCAUAGAGAAGAGAGUGAGGUUUAUAAGGGGACAAAUGAAGAUACAGCUCCAAAGCUGGCAGUAAGCGGGGCUGUGUCCAUGAGUGACCCUCUGUACACUGCUGCCUGUGGACAGAUACUGAAUACCACUGUGCUUUCCUCAUGUCCUGCUGUACCUCAGAAAUUCCACUCUAAGCCCCAAGAAGUUAAAUGAAUUUCAGUUCUUUUUGUUAAAUCCUUUUACAUGGUGCUAAUACUGUAGACAUAUCAGAAAAACAAUGAUGAAAUAAAACUCAAAAUGUAUUAAUAAAGACAUAUUCAACUAUAUGAAUCUAUUUGUACAAGUAUCAAACUCCAAAGCUUUAAAGAGAUAACCUGUGAACAAGACGACUUCAUGUAGAACUUAAUAUUAGUGGUUGUUUUUAAAUUGUGUUGCAGUUUCUCACUUAACCUAGGCAGCAUCCAAAUAAUUGAGACUGGACUAUUAUGUUUAUUUGACAAGCUUUAAUGGCACAAGAACUAAGUAUUAAUCUAUUUUCACCCUCUAAGCUAAUCUGGCUUUUUCCCAACAUAAAUCCCUAAGAUACUCACUUUCAUGGCUUUCUCAGCUCCAGCUGCUCCCUCCUGUUGUCUCCUGGACCUCAGAAUCCCCACUUUCUUUCCUCUUCCUCUGGCUGGCAGGAAGUCCAGCCCUAUUCUCUCCUCUGCUCAGUCAUUGGCUGUUAAGCUUCUUUACUGACAUAUCAGGGAACAGUUAGAGAGCAAUGUUUACACAGCAUUGAGACAGGAGAUUCUCAGAACAAGGAUUGCAGGCACAGAAGUCAGCAUUUGAAUCUUUACACAGUGCAUGGUAACGUGCCUACAGCUUAGAAUUCCUCAAGGGGGGUCCUGGAAGAUCAUUGUGAAGUACAGAAAAAAGGAUGUGUGUUGGUAUAAUGUUCUUUUAAAAUGCAUACUUCUUACCCUUGUUCAUUCAAAUGCUGAUUCCCCCCCCCCACUCUCUGGUUUCAAUCUGGAUAUUGCAUUGUGAUACUCUCUAAGCAUCCUCUGUCUCAAUUCUUGUGUAAACAGACCAAAAUAAAGCAACUAGACACAAUGUUGAGCUGGGAGGAGCCAGAGGACAGGAAAUGAGUGGGAGGAGCUAAAGGGCAGGAAAUGAGUGGGAGGAGAAAGGGCAUGAGGAGAGCUUAGAGGAGAGAGCUGGAGGAAAGAUCUUGGAGGACGUGGUGCAUGAACCAGACCUAAGAUUUCACAAAAAGCAAAUAUAAUGUGAGAAAUCUAAAUGUUAGGAAACUAUUAGGGCUUGGAGGUUUAGGAUGGAGUAACUAUUGCCCAGCAUUGUGUUCUAGGUUAACUAAAUAAACCCAAUGUCUGUGUGGUGAUUUGGUUAUAAAGCUGCUUAGGAUUAACAGCAGCGUUACCAGAAGAUAAAUCAAUACAGCGUUACCAGAAGAUAAAUCAAUAGUAAAUAUUAAUCGUCACCUACAACAGAUGUGGAAGUAGUCCAGUGCCAAAGCACUCUUGAAAUAUUGAUACUUGUGAUGGCUAUUUUGGGUUGUCAGUUUGACUAUAUCUAUAAUUAAUUAAAACCUAAAAAUGGAGGGGGACAACCUGAGAGCUUUUUCUUUAAUUUUAAGUGGAAAGAUCCGCUUCUAAUCAAGAUCUUUAAGGUGGGAAGACCCACCUAUAAUCUGAGCCAACCCUUUAAUCUGAGCCAACCCUUCUGUUAGAGGCCUGUAUAAGGAUAUGGAAGAACAAAGCUUUUGCUCUUUGUCUCUUGGCUCUCGCCUUGCCAGCAAGUCGUUCUUUUACUGGCAUUAGAGCCUAGCUCUUCAGGGUUCUUGCAUACACUGAAAGCCAGCUGAGACAGCCAUCUUUGGGACUGAACAAUUACUGGGUUGUUGGACCUUCUGUACACUGUUAGAGUAGCUGGACCACAGCUGAAGGGCAGAGAGAGAUUCUGUAUUUUCUGUUCUAGUGCUGGGUCAAGACUACAUAUCCAUCUUGUAGCAGAAAUUGUCAAAUCAUGAGUACAUGGUUUUGAAGGGUUCAUAGAGGUUUGCUUUGUGUGCCAGGGUCAGAGGUUCCCUGAGCAGAGGGCAUUGAUGAAUAUGCAGCCCCAGCUGCAGUGGAAAUGCCAGUAUAUUGGAGUUGGCAGAACCAUGGGAUGACUGCCAAGAACAUAGAGAACUGAGCGGCUUUGAACCUGAGACAAGUUGUGUGUGCUGUGCAUUGCAUAGUAAAAGAAGUAAGCCACACAAGGCUGUGGGUCCAAGGAGAUCAUGUGUUCUGGACACUAAAGUACGUUUAUAUUUGAUACUGGAUUUAGUUUGAUUUGAGGGUAACUGUGCCAUACCACCUGCAUGAUCUGUUGGAGACCUGUAUAAGGACAUGGAAGAAGGAAGCUUUUGCUGUCUGCUUGCACUCACCUCACUAUCAAGUCAUCUGCAGAAUAAGAAGUGUGUAACACAUUUUUGUUAGUGUAAGCCACAGUUAAAAUACUUGAGUUUUAAAGAGACAGCUGACUUUUAAGUGCUGAUUUUUUUUAAGGUUAUGGAGACAUUUAAAGUGUUUUAUAUUAUGAAAUUGAUAGGAGAUCUUUGGGACAAACAAGGAAUGAAACGGUUGUGAUUUGUUAGUAGUAUUGGUUGAUGUUUGUCAACAUGACAGAAAUUUAGAGUCAUCUCAGAAGAAGUAACCUCCAAGAAAGGAUUGCUUCCAUCAUGUUGGCCUGUGCUAUUUUCAUGAUUCAUGAUUGAUGUGUGAGGAACUAGCUUAGUGUGGGUGUUGCUAGCCCUGGGAAAGCUGCCCUAAGACAGCAACACAGUGAACCCAGUCCUCCAUGAUCUCCGCUCUGGAUUCUACCUCCAACUCCUCCUGCUUUGGUCUCCCUUAAUGAUGUACUGUAACUUGUGGGAUGGAAUAAACCCCUUUCCUUCUCAAACUUUGUUUGUUUUCCGUUUGUUUGUUUUGGGACAGAGUUUCUCUGUGUAGCCUUGGCUGUCCCGGACUCACUUUGUAGACCAGGCUGGCCUCAAACCCACAAUGAUCUGCUUGCCUCUGCCUCCCUGAGUGCUGGGAUUUAAAGGCAUGGCACCACACCUGGCUCUUCCUGUUUGUUUUUUUGUUUUUGAGACAGUGUAUCACUAUUCUGGUUCUUGAACUCAAUAUGUAAUUAAGACAUCUGCUGUUGUGUACUUUGUUCCGUAAAGCACAUACCCCUCACCAUGUCCAUUCUCUUAUAAAAAAGCCAGGUUCAGGAGUUCCUCUUUCUUUUUAAUUUUGAUAUAUGAUGGCUGAAGUGCUCAGUUUUUCAAUCCAUCCAGUUCAUGUGUUCUUGUCUGAGGGCUGGAUUCCAGUGUCACAGCAGCUUGUACAGCCAUUGCAGCUUGCUGCCUGCUCCUGUUACAAAUCCACACUCUGUUAGCAAACCAUCCUUAAUGGCAUGUGUGCCAGGAAUGGUUAGUGACCCAAACAAAAUUCAUGCGGUACAACAAGUGCAGAUGAGUUUUCUUUUUUGAGUGUAAGGCUGAAUGCCCUUUACUGUGGUGCAGGUGUGCUAAAGAAUUUCUGAAUAUAAUAAAUCUUGUAGAUUUCUGGGAAAGCCAGGAAAUUCAUGAAGUUAGUGAGAAUACCUGUACAUGGAAUGGCUGGAUGUCUUCAGUUAAGUCUGUGUGGGAAGAAGAUGUGUGGACAGUGAACAGGUGGGUGUACUGUAGCCCAGCCCUAGCACACACCUUUAAUCCACAAGUUUUCUGUAAAUGAGUUAAUCAAGUUAACCCUAAGUCAAGAGGUGGAGCAAGAAACCAGCUGACAGGGAUUAAGUAGAAAGGAGGGACUCUGAGAGAGGUUUUAAAGACUGAGUGGAGAAGAAGGAUUUUUUUUUUUUUUUUGGCUCUAUCCUCUGGGACAUGAGUAGUGAGGUUGGCUGGGUGCUUUCCCUGCCUCUCUGAGCUAGCAGCCCUGCACCCCAGCAUCUGGUUCUCGAGUCUUUAUUGGUAAAAUCGAACGAUUGGGAUUUUCAUUCUUUAAAACAACAGGAAGCUUCUCCCCUGCUGGUGAGUUUUCAUAAGACCUGAAAGUGCAGAAUAUCUGAAAUGCUGGAAGAAAAAUCAUCCAUGUUCUCACUGAGCUGCAGGCGCGGCCUGCCGCAAUACUGAAAAGAUGUGUCACUCUUGUCUUUAGGAUUGUGGGGACACCAUCUCGUUACUCAUUGGACUUGUAUUAUGAUCAUUCAUGGAUGUCACUGUAAACUGAGUCAAAUGCACAUCAGUGCGGAGGUCAUGGAUCCCAUGUG